AUUUUAUACAUAUAAAUUAUUAGUAUUUAAAUCAAUUGUAAAAUUGCCCUAAAAUGGAAGCCAAUAGCAAAGCAGCCGAAGUGUCCACCGAAGAGCUUGUCGAUGUGGAGGAGACAGAGGACUUCCACGACAUUGAGGAGUUCAAUGAUGAUAAUGUAGCCUCAAGCAGCGGGCCGAAGAAAGAGGAGCGCUUUACGGUUAAGAAGUGGGUGGCGCAUGCAAACUGGUGCUGGGAUGUGGCUGUGGACAAUUGCGCCAUCUGUCGCAAUCAUAUCAUGAACUUGUGCAUCGAGUGCCAGGCUGAUCCCAAUGCCAACAAGGAUGAGUGCACUGUGGCCUGGGGCGAGUGCAAUCAUGCCUUUCACUAUCACUGCAUAGCGCGUUGGCUAAAGACGCGUCACGUCUGUCCGCUGGACAACAAGGAGUGGGUCUAUCAAAAAUACGGACAUUAAAGAAAUCAUUUCUGUUUUUUUGUAGCAUAUAUUAAAUAUUUUGGGCAAAGUACAUGUUUAAU